GCAACACUCGUGUUUUCUAUUUAAUUUGGCUAGCCGCUGCAAGCUUUCCAUUCUUCGUUUGGUAACGAAACGGCUACUACCAGCUCGACCAUGGACAACAUUAAGAACAAGAACGUUUUGAUCACGGGUGCUGCCAGUGGACUUGGAUACACGUACGCGCAACGAAUGCUGGAAAAUGGAGCGAAAACUGUCGCCAUUUUGGAUUUGAGCACCUCGCCCGGCGCCGCGUCGGCAGCCAAUUUGGAAAAGCAAUUUGGAAAAGGCAAAGCUACGUUCCACCCUUGCGACGUCACCAACACCCAACAAUUCGAAGACACCUUCAAGAAAGCUGUAAGCGCUCUCAAUGGCGUGGACAUUGUCAUCAACAAUGCUGGUAUGCUCAACGAGAAAAAAUGGGAACAGAUGAUCCGUCUGAAUGUUGGUGGCGUGAUCCACGGUUCUUUGCUCGCUAUGGACGCCAUGGGCAAACACAAGGGCGGCAAGGGAGGUAUCUUGGUUAAUAUCGCGUCCAUUGUGAGUCUCAAGAUCUACCCAGUGUUUCCAGCGUAUUGCUCCAGCAAACACGAUGUGCUCGCGUACAGUCGCGGUUUGCAGUCAAGCUAUGAGAAGACUGGAGUCCAAGUUCUCGUCAUGUGUCCCGGAGUCACAACAACAUCACUGUUCGACGAAAUGGAGGCAGCGACUCCCGACUUUAUCGACCUAGAGGAGCUUCGAACGACCAUGAAGAACCUGCCAUCGCAGACGGUCGAAAACGUGGGAACCGCCAUGGUGGGUCUGAUCCAGAAAGGAGGAAACGGGGCUGUUUGGGUCAGCGAGGCUGGAGAACAACCAUACGCCGUCGAGUUCCCGCCUUUCAAAAAAGUGAAUCUCAAGCUAUGAAGACGAAUUCUCCAACGCAUCUGCAAAAAUAUACGCAAAACGAUCGAAUGAGCAAAAUUGUUCUUGUAAAAAACUAUGGAAAUUUUAGAGAGUAACUUUUACUUUGGACUCGCAUCGAAACUUUUUUCACUUAAUUUUGCAACUUUUACAUUUGUCCACUGUCUCAUUUCGAUUAAAAUCUAGAAAAUGUUUGUGGAACAAAGAGACGAACGAAAUUGUAAUUGUAACGAUCCGUACUUACGAACCAAUUUUUAUUAAAAAUUGAAUGUCCGUUUGGAAGCUCAGAAUGUUAUUUAACGAAUAAUAUCUCUGAUGAAAUGAUUUUUAAAUAUCGCCAUUGCGUGGAGUUCGUUCUCUGUUUUGUAAGGAAGUCGAAAGAGAGUAUGAAACGACUGAACUGUUUUCGUAGUAAAUAUAUUGCAAUAGAAAUUAAAUUUACUGUCUACAA